AUGGUUCGCAAAUAUGUGCGAAAAACGGAGCGACAAGCCUGGUCGGGUGAGAGCAUGCAGGCGGCCAUAAACGCUUUAGCCAAUAAGGAAAUGGGUGCCCCAAAAGCAGCUAAAAAGUUUCGCAUUCCCCAGACAACUCUUGAAAGAAGAUUUAAGGUUUUCAGAGAAAAUGCAGAAACAUCCGUUGCUGAAGCAUCUGCGAAAUCCUUAGGUGCAUUCAAGACUGUCUUCAAUACCGAGCAGGAACAAGAACUAGUUUCUUACGUCUUACGAAUGGAGUCUUUAUUACAUGGUUUAACAGGAAAAGAAGUUAGAAGCAUUGCCUUCCAAUUAGCGGAAAAAAACAAAAUUCGACAUAAUUUUAACAAGGAAGAAAAAUUGGCUGGGGUAGAUUGGCUCAAAGGUUUUUUGAAUAGGAAUCCCAACUUAAGCAUCAGAGUUCCAGAAUCUGUCUCAGUUGCCCGAUCAAUGGGGUUUAAUGCAGUAGUUGUCAAUAAAUUUUUUAAAUUGUUGGAGAAUACUAUUGAUAAAUAUAACUUUUCUCCCGAUCGAAUAUUUAACUGUGACGAGACUGGUAUUUCUUCAGUUGGAAAGUGUAAUCCAAAGAUAAUUGCCCAAAAAGGGAAAAAACAGAUCGGAAGCAUAGCCAGUGCCGAGCGAGGAAAAACAGUAACAAUAGAAAUUUGUAUGAGUGCCUCUGGCAAUUUUAUGCCACCAAUGUUUAUUUUUCCUCGUGUUCGUAUGAAAGAUUGUCUGCUAGAUAAUGCACCGCCAAAUUCCACAGCUAUGUGCCACAAGACCGGUUGGAUGCAGUUAGAUAUAUUUUUUGAAUGGUUCAAGAAAUUUGUUUCUUGGUCUCGCGCAUCUAAAAAAAAUAUGGUGUUGCUUCUGUUGGAUGGCCAUAUGUCCCACACCAAAAAUAUCAAAGUUAUAGACUAUGCACGGGAUAAUGGGGUUGUUAUCUUGUGCUUCCCGCCGCACUGUACUCACAGGCUGCAGCCUUUAGAUGUAGGUUUUAUGAAACCUCUAAGUACGUACUACUCAGAAGAGGUAAAGAAAUGGCUCCGAGUUCAUCCGGGUCGAGUCGUCGCUCAAGAAGAUAUUGCUGGUUUAUUUGCUGAAGCUUUCUAUAAAGCGGCCACUAGCGGUCUACAAAUCGUGACGUAUUCUCAGAAAGCGAUUUCAUCGCUGCUUCAGUAA